AUGUCGACACCAAACUACGCAAAGUCAAAGUUCCUUUCCGCGGGACCGCUGGACCCCGCCGAAGCCCGCUGGGCCCGCCUCGUAAAAACAACCUACCUCGACCCUAACGGCAUCGAACGAACCUGGGAAUCCGCUGAACGCCAAACACGCCCCAAAAACUGCUCCAUCGACGGCGUCGGCAUAAUCACUAUCCUGAACAAGACAACCGGCCCCGAACUCCUUCUCCAGAAACAAUACAGGCCACCGAUUGAUAUGGUUGUUAUUGAGGUUCCAGCUGGGUUAAUUGAUCCGAAUGAGAGUGUUGAGGAGUGUGCAGUUAGGGAGUUGAAAGAGGAGACUGGGUAUGUUGGGGUUGCGGAAAAGACGAGUAGUGUUAUGUAUAAUGAUCCUGGAUUCUGUAAUACCAAUUUGAACAUGGUGCAUGUUCGUGUGGACAUGUCGCUUCCCGAAAACCAGAAUCCGAAGCCGCAGCUUGAGGAUAAUGAGUUUAUUGAGUGUUUUUCAGUGCCGCUGAGUACGUUGCUUGGAGAGGUCAAGAAGUUGGAAAAUGAGGGAUAUGCUAUCGAUGCUCGUGUGGGGACAAUAGCAGAAGGUAUUGAGCUUGCGAAGAAGUUGAAGCUUUGA